AUGUUGCCUGACAAGACGAAGAAGAAGGCGAAUGUGGACGAGGACAAGAAAGAUGUCGAGUUGAACAUCAUCGGCAAGGGAGACGAUGACAUCGGGAUCGGCGAUAUCUCUUCUCUAGAUGAGGCGGAGAUCUUCCUCCGAGAGCAUGGCGUCUCGCAUAUUCAACUUCAAGAGAUGCUUGAUGAUCCGGUUCGAUCAAAGAAGAUCAGAAGGCGUAUUGAUUUGAUCCUCCUUCCGCUCUUGUGCGGCACAUACACGCUUCAAUACAUUGACAAGCAGGCUCUCUCAUACAGUGCUGUCUUUGACCUGUUCAAUGAUGCCCACAUUGAUAGCAAUCAGUACAGCUGGCUUGCCAGUAUCUUCUUCUUUGGUUAUCUGUUCUGGGAGUAUCCUGCGAACCUUCUGGCCCAGCGAUUCCCAGUCGGAACGGUCAUUUCAUGGUUUGUUAUCGGCUGGGGUGGCAUUCUCAUGAUAACGGCCAGCUGCCACAACUUCACCGGGAUGGCUAUUUGCAGAUUUCUGCUUGGGUGCUUUGAGGCGCCUAUUACCCCCUGCUUCAUGCUGAUCAUCAGUAUGUGGUACCUACGGCAGGAGCAGCCAUUUCGCGCUGGGUGUUUCUACUGCUGCAAUGGAGUGGGAUCCAUACUCGGGGGCCUCAUCACAUUCGCCAUCGGCCAGCUCGAUGGGUUUCCUGUCUGGCGCGCCGUUUUUCUCAUCUGUGGCGGCGUCACGGUGCUCUGGGGGGUCGUUCUUCUUUUUUUCCUUCCCAACAGUAUCCUAUCGGCCAAGCGGUUUACCGUUGAGGAGAAGAUCCUACUCGUGGGUAGGGGCAAGCAAAACCAUACGGGCAUCCUCAACCGUUCGAUCAAAUGGUAUCAGAUCCGGGAGGCGCUUGUAGACCCUCAGGUCUGGCUUAUAUCUCUCUUUGUCCUGAUCAAUGAAACCGGUAACGGAGGGGUCUCCAACUUUGGAAAACUCAUCGUCAAAGGCAUCGUCUCGGAGCCUCUGUUGACAACGGCUCUGGGUAUCCCUCAGGGCGGGUUCCAGAUCUUCUAUAUUCUAUCCGGAACCUACAUCUCUUCGCGUUUCAAGGACAUGCGCAUCACUGUCAUGAUCGUCUACCUAAUCCCCACAGUGAUCGGCGUUUGUCUGCUCUGGCAACUCCCUCGAAGCAAUCGCUACGGGGUUCUUUUCGGUUACUAUAUCAUCGCGUCAUAUGUCACCUCUGUUGUUCUCUGCCUGCAGCUGCCGUCUAGUAACAUGGGCGGAUACACGAAGCGCGUCACCGCUACAGGCCUGGUCUUCAUCGCAUACUGUGUAGGCAGCAUCAUUGGGCCUCACGCGUUCCUGGCCCGAGAAGCACCCGUGUACAAGACGGGAUGCAAGCUCAUCCUGGGGUGUGCGGUGAGCCAGAUGGCUUGUGCGGUGGCUUUGCGGUACUUGCUCGUCCGACGGAACAAGCUGCGGGAUGCGGCAGCCGCGGCGUCGCCUGCAGCCGAGGAGGAGGUGCUGGCUGAUCUGACGGAUUUUGAGAAUCCUCAUUUUCGGUAUGUUGUGUAG